CGGAAAGCGCUCCGCUGCUUUCACGCGCUGCGGCUGCCGGGCGCGCGCCUCGGUCUCCAGCGGAGCGGAAGACGCGGGGAGCCGUGGGAGGACCCCGCAUGCUGUGCAGUGCCUCUGUGAUGUGUUUUAGAAAUAGAUGUUAAACUUUGGUUUGAAUGAAAAAUGUCUGUCAGUCCACCUGUAUUUCUCAAAGAAAGGGAGGAAAGUAAUUCAAAUUUUAUGGAAAUACAGCAGUCACAAACUACUUCCAUAGCUGCAGAAGAUCCUCUUCAAAACUUACGCUUAGCGUCUCAAGAAGUUCUUCAAAAAGCUCAGCAAAAUGGAAGAUCAAAAUGUCUCAAAUGUGGUGGUUCAAGAAUGUUCUACUGCUAUACAUGUUAUGUCCCAGUUGAAAAUGUGCCUAUUGAACAGAUGCCACUUGUGAAGCUUCCAUUGAAGAUUGACAUCAUUAAACAUCCAAAUGAAACAGAUGGCAAAAGUACUGCUAUCCAUGCAAAACUCUUAGCACCUGAUUAUGUAAAUAUCUACAUGUAUCCUUGUAUUCCGGAGUAUGAAGAAAAGGACCAUGAAGUCGCACUUGUUUUUCCUGGACCUAAGUCUGUCUCAGUAAAAGAUAUUUCUUUUCAUCUGCAAAAAAGGAUUCAGAAUAAUGUUAGACAUAAAACUGAUGACCCUGACAAGCCUUCUAUUAAGCGCAAGAAAACUGAAGAACAAGAUUUGAAUGACAGCAAGUGCAAAGACACAACACUGAAAAAAAUUAUAUUUAUAGAUAGCACGUGGAACCAAACAAACAAAAUAUUCACUGAUGAGCGACUUCAAGGGUUGUUACAAGUUGAGUUGAAAACAAGAAAAACUUGCUUUUGGCGUCAUCAAAAAGGAAAGCCAGAUACCUUCCUUUCCACAAUUGAAGCCAUUUACUACUUUCUGGUGGACUACCAUACUGAUAUAUUAAAAGAGAAAUACAAAGGACAGUAUGACAAUCUUUUAUUUUUCUACUCUUUUAUGUACCAGUUGAUAAAGAAUGCCAAAUGCUCUGGAGACAAGGAAACAAGAAAACUUAUCCGUUAGUUUUUACAAGCCACUUCUGUCAUUCUAUUUUGCUAAAUUCAAUAAACCUAUAAUUGUGCUUUC